UCAAAAGUUUCCUAGAGAAGACGUGGUUGCGAUUAUAAACGCGACGACGUUUACGUAAAUUUUGACGAAAUGAAGUGCGAGGUAGAAAAAAAAGAAGUUAAAACUCGGAUCGUUUGGAGAGCGAUCGGCGUGCAAAUCGCCCUUAAUUAUUCCCUAGUCGUGACGUAAAUGACGACGCAUCCUCGGGCAUCGGGCCCGCUGUCUCAAGUAGCGCAUGAUCCGUGCCGUGGCACUCGCUCCUUUUUUUUCCUUCUUUACGCUUUUUCACCACCAUGGGAUAAUUUUGAUUUUCCCGAGACUCAUCGUCGCGCUCAGGUUAAUUGUCCCGCCUUUAAUUGCAAGCUAGGAUAAGCCGAGCUGAACGGGAACGGCGAGGGAUACCGACCGACGAGAUGGACACCGAGCACGUACUCAAGAGCGACAUCGGGCAAUGCCUCAAGCUGAUAGUGUCGGGGGACGACGCGGCCGUUAACGACGGCUGGCUGAUGCUGCAGAAUCUGCAGGAACGGGAGCUCGGGCAGCCGGCCGACUGCGAGGACACCCUGAGGGACCUUCUCCACAGCGAGAUCGCCAACGUCUCGGAGGUGCCCAAGAUUAUGGCCUGGAUGUCGGGCCGCAUCUCGGAGAAGCGCUUCAACGUCAACCCCAUCUCGAACGACGUCGCCCUGCUGCUGCAGAACACGGACAUCGACGACAUGUCGCACCUCACCGAGCUCCUCGGCACGCUCGCGGAGCACAGGGUGUACCUGCCCAGGUCGGCGAACCACUCGAGACUCUGCGAGGCGAUAGUCAUGAGCCUGUCUUCCUUUCAGAUGCCCUUGGAGCCGAAAAAAAUUUCCGAGUUCUACGACAACACCACAAAGAUCCAGCACUUUCUCAAGGCGUUCUGCUCCAAUACAAAGAACGGCGAGCGCGACAUUUUAAUGUUUACCUGCCUCCAAACCCUCUACAACAUCAUAUCCGACACAAACAGAAAGCAGGAGCCCGGCCCGGGCCUCGCUGCCAUAUUGCAGCUGGUGGAAGCGUCCGUUAUUCCGCAGGCGGUCGACUGGAUUCUCUCCCAGUCGCACACCGACCGCCAGCUCAUACAGGCCCUCAAGGUUCUCUGCAACUGGCUGCCCAAGUGGUGCGAGGACCGGCUCAGCGUUUGGAUCAUGGAGUUUAUCCGUGGCUUGGAGAAGCAGCACAAGUAUUCCACCCUCCUCGAGCUCACCGAGUCCUCGGUAGACAUAUUGGUGUUGAUGUGCCGGGUGCUGCUGGUACCUGUCGUCCGCCAAAACGCUUCCAACAUCAUCUUUUACAUCCUCAAGAGGCAGAGCUCCAUGUCGUUUGUUCAGAAUGUAUCCAAGAGGAUACCGGCGCUGAUCAAGGAUCUCAUGAAGGAGGACUCGGACUCCAGCAAGGAAUGCAUACAGAACUUGGUCGACAUCAUGAAGGUGUACAGCAAGAGAUUCUCCACCUGCAUACCCUGCGGCAACACGGAAAACUAUCCCUUCCCCGUGCUGCCGCGCAUGCACGUCGUCCGAGAGCUGUGCAGGGAGCAGGUGUGGCUCGACGAGACCAAGGAGUUCGAGCCGAUCGUCGAGCCGGAGAGGCCGCUGUCCGGCAAAGUCGGUCUGUCCAAUCUGGGAAACACUUGCUAUAUGAACAGUGUCCUGCAAGCCUUACUAAUGACUAGACAAUUCUGCCAAGACGUGCUCAAUUAUCGUCCGUUGAACGAAUCGGGCAAGAAGCCCCUGCUGGAGAAGCUUCAAAAUUUGUUCGCACUGCUGCUGUAUUCCAGGAGAGUAUGCUUGGCGCCGACCGAGAUAUUACGAGCGUCGCGGCCCACGUAUUUCUUACCCGGGCAGCAACAGGACAGCUCCGAGUUUCUCUGUCAUCUCUUGGAUGUUCUGCACGAGCAAGAGAAAUCUGCCAGUUCAGCCUGCGGAGGAAGCGACAACGCGGCGACUCUUAAAUGCAAAAUCGAGAAGCAGGAGGACGACGUGAUGUUGUCGAUGGAGUCAGCGAAAGGUAUUAAACGUUGGACGACUGAGGAAGAUCUAACGGAAGGCUUGGCCUUACAACGGAAAACGCAGUCGUUGGCGGAUUUUACACGAGGCGAGGAGCUAGGACAACGGCUGAGCGAUUCUCAUUCGGACUCGACCGACAGCGGCAUACAGUCGGUAGGUGGCGAGGAAACUGGCACGUAUACGUCUCUCGUACACAGGGUAUUGGGCGGGGAAUGCCAGAUCACUUACCAAUGCGCACAAUGCGACACCAGUUCUCGCAACACGGACAAAUUUCGCGACCUGCAGUUGUGCUUUCCCGAGGAGAUACAGGAGAACCAAGAGGUUUCCGUCCAGGACCUCAUCAACUAUUAUCUUACGCCGGAGAAGCUCACGGGGGAGAACAAGUAUCGGUGCGACAAGUGCACGAAAUUAUGCGACGCGCAGAGGAUCAUAACGAUUUUACAAGCGCCCGCGCACUUGAUCCUAACGCUUAAGCACUUCCGAUACGACUUCGAUACACGAUUGAGGACGAAGCUUCGGCACAAAGUGGUAUAUAACGAUACCAUACAGCUGCCGGUGUCGGCAAUACCGUACACCGUAGCGGAAACGUAUCACUUGUACGCCGCCGUCGUGCAUUCCGGAUACAGCAUGGAUUACGGGCACUAUUUCACGUACGCUUGCGAUUCCAAGCAGAAUUGGUACAAAUUUAACGACAGCUUCGUAACGCAAACCACGUUCGAGGACUUCAAGAACUUGAAGCCUCCCGACACGCCCUACAUAUUGUUCUACGAAAAGUCCGGAGCUCACGACGGGAUCUACGAAGACGACAAGCCCGAAUUGUCGACUCUAAGUAAACGUAUACAGGAACUGAUAGCGAAUGACACUACGGAUUAUAUAGAGGAGCUGCGACGUCAAGCGAUAGCGUCGCAACGUAGCCAACUUCCCACCAAGCCUUUGAGACAGCAUAACAAUUCUGACGAUGAUAAUCCGCCACCCAGUAGCUGUCGCGGUCCAAUCGAAUCGGUCCCGACGAAUCGGUUUCUUUAUUGAACGAAGGAACUCGUUACACGGCGACACACAUCUUGCCAAUUUCAAAUAACUCUGUAUCUGUUCUAAGUAUUUUAUACAUAUACAUAUACAUAGAUAAAGAAAUCGCAAUCAGUAUAUAUAAUUGCAGAAAGACACGUUUUAUGGUUCUGUACCAUAUCCUAUUGCUGUGGAUUACAUUUUACAUCUUACGUUUACCAAGUGGAAUAUAUACGUCACACUACUAUAACUCGACGAUAGUUACGUUGUCCGCAAAUUAGUUACGGCAGCUCUGCAAAAUAGUGCAAAGUGCGAUGAUAACCAGAACUGGAAUCUGUGCGAAACAGAUAUGUACAUACAUAAAAUAUAAACGAAUAUAUAUACGAGUGAUAAUUACACGAAUGAACAAAUACGUUCAUGCAUGUACGCAAGAUAAAAUAUGUAUUAAGACUAUAAAACAAAUUAAUGUUUUUAUUUAUAUUAGUCGCUAAUAAUUGUAUUAUAAUGUGUUCGGCGUGUUUUCAAACCGGUGUCUCUCGGUUGUUUUUAAAUUCAUGUAUUUACUGAGAAAAAUUAUAAACUGGAGCAUCUCAAGUUUUA